CCCGGGGGACGAACGGACAACCGCACCCACAGCCUGGCCUCUGGGAGAGGGAAAGAGGCAGCAGUGACCGUUAUUACCGCAGCUCGACCCUGGCCGGAGCCCCCUCCUUCCGCAGGGGCUUCCGCAGACGCCGCUCGUUCCCCGCGCCGCUGCUAGCGGCACCCACGUUGAGGGAGACUCGAGAACACCGCAGGGCCGGCUUGCUGCCCUCACGACAGGGCUCGGGGGCUGCCUGCGGCCACAGCACAGGCUUCAGGGGAGGGGCUGGAGCUGGGGGCAGCCGCACGGGCCGAGCGGGGCCGGGGGAGCUCUGGCGACUCGGGGAGGCGCCCGCUGGCCGCGCCUGGGGGGUGCGCGCCUCCGUCCCCUCUUCCCUUCUACCGGCGGCUCUCGGGGAACUCCCCGGCGCUGCCCUGGCCCGGCUCGCCUCCGGCGGACCGGGAGCUUGCCGCGGUGGCCGCUUUGCAGCUUCCCGUCCCGGCAGCCCCCCGCCCCCGCCGGAGGGGAUCGCUCGCCUCACCCGCGGUCCCGGCGCUCGCCCGCUGCCGCCGAGACCCGCGCCCUGCGCACCGCCACGCGGCUCCCGGGGACCGCGCAUGCGCCGGAGGGGCCGGAGCCGGCGCGCGAACGCCGGGCUGCCCCACCCGCAGGACGGCGCAUGCGCCCGGGAGGCGCGUCCGCACGGCUGGUCGGGGAGCGGGCGCAGCGGGAAGGCCGCGGAAAACCACGCGAAACCGGCAACGCUCCUGAGUCUGACCUGGUCGGACUCCGGGGGCCGCGGCGGCAGCGAGGACUACGGCGCGCCCGAGAGCCACGCUGCUGCCCGGCCGCCGAGUCCGCGGAAACUACAGCUCCCGGCAUGCCCCGGGAGGCAGCCCGCCCUGCUGCCUGACCCCGAGGGGACGCCGCUUCCGUUUCCGCCCACCCCCACGCCGGCGCAGCCGCAGUCCCCGCCGAGCCCCCAGCGCCGCUCCGGGCAGCUCCGGCACGGCGCGGCCCCGCCCCGCUGCCGCUCCGUGCGUCCGACACGGACCCCGCCGUCCUCCUCGGGGCUUUCCCCGGGACCCGCCGGGCGAUUGCGCAGCCCCGCCACGGGGCCCGGUGCUCCCAGCCCCACUGUGAGCCCCCAGGGCCCCCCCCCGGCCUCGGCACAGGCGGCCCCCACCUCCCCCGGGCCACCCCCGCCUGGGACGUUCGCGGUCCGAGGGGCGCCCGGCCCCGCUCACCUUCUCCCGAGGGGCAGCCGCAGCCCGGCCAGCGCUCCGCUCCGCUCCGCUCCUCCCUGGGCGCCCACCGGCCCCGCCGCGGCCCCUCCCCGGCAGCCCCCCCUUUCCAGGGAGGGGCCGUCGCCAUCAGCCUCACUGCCCGCAGCUGGGGCUCCUCCAGCCCCCGCCCGCAGCUGGAGCCCAGCAGGAACAGGGGGGGCACGGCCCGACCCCCCCAGCGCCUCACCUCUUCCCCUGGGCUCCCUCACGGCCCCUCGCCCCGUGCAAAGGGAGCGCAAACGCAGCCCGGAGGGCAAGGGGACGGAGGGACGGACGGUGUUUAUUCAGUCCUGCGAGCGAGUCCGCUCCGGGGCUCGGGGCCCCCCCGACGCUCCCCCUGCCCCUGGGACACCUCAGCAGUCGGUCCCAGAGCCACGCUCCUCGGUCCGUCGGGGAAUGCACAGUUGGUUGGCUGGCUCCUGGAGCGAUGGGCUGCUGGGCAGAGGCGAAGACUGCCAAAAACGAGGAGCAGGACACUAG